AUCAUCCAAUGUUUAAUCUAAAUUAUUUGGUGUGGUUCCUUAUGUUGAUCCAAAAAGCUUUAGUAGACGAAGAAAUAGUAAUAAUCAAUCAACACAAAUGUACUCAAUAAGUGAAAAAAGUGAUAUUUAUAGUAUAGGCGUUUUAUUAUGGGAAAUAUCCAGUGGACAACCUCCUUUUUAUGUUGAGGAUGAAGAAUAUGAUGUUGGUUUAGCUGUGGAAAUUUCACAAGGUCUUAGAGAAACUGUUGUUCCUGAUACGCCUGAAGAAUAUGUUAAAAUUUAUACUAAAUGUUGGGAUGGGGAACCAGAUAAUCGUCCAACUAUAUAUCAAGUAGUUGAUUGGCUAAAUGCAAUAAUUACAAAAUCAGAUGUAAUAGUAGAAAAUCAUCAAAUGUCAAAUGAACAAGAACUUAAUGAGACUUCUUUAAGUAGUAAUAAUUCAGAAUUACAAGGAGAUUUAUCUCAACUUAUUCAAAAUUUUGAUAAAAUGAAUACUAAAGAAAUUGAUUCUAUGGCAAUAUCAAGUAAACAAGAAAAUCUUUCAACUGAAAAAGAUUUUAACAUUAUAGUUGGUGAAAUAAAUGAUUUUAUUUAUAAAUCAAAAAAUAAAGGAAUUAAUUGGGAAUUAGAAAAACAGCAAGUUAUUAAAUAAUCAAAAUAGUUCCAAUUCUAUUUUCAUUCUUGGAUAUUUUAAUUAUUAUGGAAUUGUAACAAGUCAAAAUAAUGGGAAAGCAUUUGAAUUAUUUAUUAAUGCAUCAGAAAAAAAUCAU